AUGACUCAGCACCCCUGCGUUGUACAUGGCGGUAGAGCACGGGAAAUCUGGCAUCGGCUUGUCCGGGUGUCAGCAGGUGCCUUGUGCGCGUUGUCUGCAUAUUCUGUGAUCGUCUUCAUCGACCUUCUUUCUCCCCGGUCCGACAUGCACAAUAAAUUCGCUUUGCACCCACCUCUCCUCACUUCGUUUGCAGCCAACUCUAGCUGCCUGAGGCUGUUUAUCGAGUUUUGGCAGACGAGGGCCCACCAACAACUAGGAAGCAGCUCGCCACUCCGUGGACCCAUUCAUGUUUGGCGUUGUGUGGCAAAGGCUUCGUAUGACGAUUGGCUUCAACAUUUGAUGAUCUUGAUACUUUUCUGGGCACGUCUGUCCUUUACUCCGGGUGUCAGCAGCACCCCUGUGUUGCACAUGUUGAAUUCAUCGAACACGGUAGACAAAUUGCUGCACGAGAAAUCUCGCAUCGCCUUGACGAAGCUUAACGUCCGCACGGCCAAAACUCAAUCUCAACGACUCGGACGUUCCCAAAUCGUGCAUGCACGCACCUUGAAGGAACGCUUGCACGCGGACCGGCCUUUGCGUGGACUCGCGCAUAGCGCCCACGUCCCGCAAUCAUUUUGUUUCGCUCCAAGGCCACCCCUUAUCGGCCUCGUCCUUUCAGCAAUGUGGAAUUCAUUGAACACGGUAGACAGAUUGCCGCAGAAGAAACCUGGCAUCGGCUUGCGGGAAAUCGCGCAAAGAGUUUUCUCACAAACCAUGAUUCAGCACCCCUGUUUUGCACAUGUGGAAUACAUCGAACACUGUAGACAAAUUGCCGCACGAGAAACCUCACAUCGCCUUGCUCGCCACCCUGUAUUCCGUGGAUUCGCGCACGUAUUGAGUAGCGUGAACCUCGCCAACAAACCGUUCUGCGCAUGGAUUCGUGUGCAGAGUGUGCCCAACAAGCCAAAGACCCUGUACGCGCUGAAUAGGGACCUACGUGAUCAUACCAAUGUUGAGCCGCAGCUUCCUGAGGAGAGUCAUACCCCUUCCUUACACUGUCCAGAUUUUGGCGAGGUUCAAAGACCUGGCUGUAUUUCACUUUACACCAUCUUACAAGUGCCCGACUGUGGUAUCAUUGAUUGUAGCAAUCCAGAGAAGUUUGAAAUUAUUUUUCUUUCACAACAAGGGAACAAGAUGGAUCUAGAGGGUGGUUUACACCGUUCUGCUUCAGAAAGGUAUGCCGUUGGGUCACUUAAUCAACAAGUUAUCGCCAGAAACUAUCUUAUCAAACAUUCAUUCGGCGAUGGGGUAGUAACUGCGGACAUGGCUGGCAUCUUGGGCGACAUGCAGCAAUACCUUGAUCAAGCAAGAGAAAUCUUGGGUAACUCAGUUGAAGACCCGCAAGCUGCUAUAUCCUCCAACGUAAGGAUGGAGUAUAAAGACCUGGACAUUCAAGAGCGGGAACAUCUCAUGAUGUGCUUCAAUGGGAUCGGGAAGUGCUGCAGCAAUGGAGGAGAUGUUGAAAGUGCUUUGAUGUGGCAUGGAGAAGUAGAGUCCAUUUAUCAGGGGUUCAUCUCUGCCCAACAGGAUAAUCUUACACAUGGUGGGGACUAUGGACAUGGUCUCCUCUUCUCUCCAGAAGCUAGCUACCAGCGCAUCAAAGGACUGGUUUCCGCCGCUCAACAACUAUUUGUUUUGGGAAACACUGGGACUAGUGUGCAACGACGAUGGAAUGCGCAUGAGAUUCUGACCUCUCUGCCGGUCUCAUCACGAACUCCGCGUAUUCGAGCUUUGAUAGACGCCGAGGAACUCGAUCGAAUCAUCCAAAUCAGACAUCCUGACCCUGUCACUCCUCCAACAAGCAACGUCGUUGUCCCAACACUUCAGAUUCGUGGCCUCUGGCAAAAACAUGACUUUCGGACUUCAGUCCGUACUACCCUUGCUCGUUUUGGAUUCGCCAGCUUUAUAUGGCGGACUCGAUUGUACAUGGCAGGCGGUCAAACUGAUGCCAGACACUCUUUUCGUGACCUCUGGUGUCUCGACCUUUCACAAGUUCAGCAAGAGUGGCGACGGUUGGAAGAUUACCCUAUUCCUUUGGCUGUCACUGGCCAAUUUUACGGCUGGCAGAUGAAGAUCCGUGAUGAUAAGGCUUAUCUCUUCACAGGCCGACCCGAGCUAGAUUUUUAUGAUCUUCUUUCUGAAAGAUGGAGCUCUGUGAUGACCACUUAUGUGCCUACAGCAGAAGACCGAUACGCAGGAGUAGAAGGGGACUGGCCCUACCCUGGCUUCAGGGUUGUUGAAGCUGCUGUUGAGCUUGCUCACGAUAAGUUGCUUGUGUUUGGGGGAACGCACAAAGGAUCUGCACUCGGCUGUAAUCUUUUAAUGGAACUUGAUCUCACGAGCAAUACCUGGAAACGGUUGAGUGGGUUUGUUAUAACACCCCUUUGGGGGCACCGUUCUCUUCCCGGUCCGCGCAAAGCUGCAGCUAGCUGGUUGAACAGCAGUCAGGACACCCUGCAUAUUUUGUUUGGUUUAUCUGACCGAUACGCCGCGCAACUGGAACAACAGUCUCAUGGGGCUCAAGACUCCUAUGCUUAUGACGACUUGUGGAGUUGGGAUAUCAAAAGCCAUGGGUGGAGCAAAAAGAAGCUAUGCGGAAAUCCACCGAGUCCGCGGUGUGAAAUGGCAUACUGUUAUAAUCGAAAACUGGACCUUCUGAUCACCUUUGGUGGCUACAAUCCCACGGUUCCAACAGCUGAUACGAGCAAGAACCAGAUGUUCGCCUAUUCGUACUACGCUGACACAUUUGCAAUGUGCAAUGAAACACAGAAAUGGAGGCAUAUUCUGUCGCCCGGGUUCCCAACGUAUCGGUCUCAUGCUGGACUUGUCUCGGAUGAAAGUACUGGCAGAACCUAUCUUUUGGGGGGGUUUGUUAACACAGAUUACAUUCCAAGUCGGUCCAGAUUUCUUUCCAAAAGUCUGGGAGACAUGUGGGAGCUUUGUCUUGACGUUCCUGGGAGCUCUUUCAAUCAUGCUGAUUAUAUCAGGGAACAGCAUGGAGCUCCCGCUGGGCCUUGGAAAAGGUGUUUCACAUGUGGUCGGGUCGGGUUGGUGAAGAAAUGUGGAGCCAAGCCUGAACUUCAUCAGUCGUAUUACGCAGGUACAUGCAAUGGCAGAGCGGCUUUCUGCAACACAAUGUGCUUGAAAAAUGGUUGGAAAAUGCACAAAGAAAUUGAUGAAUGUUUGAAAAAGUAG